UUGGUGGACGAGUAAGUCGUGAAUUAAAUUAUACUCGCCAGAAGAUUGGAGAAGAGGCUAUGUUCAAUCCUCAACUCAUGAUACAGACCCCAAAAGAAGAAGGUGCUAAUGUCCUGACCACAGAAGCCCUCCUACAACACCUGGACUCAGCACUCCAGGCCAGCCGAGUCCACGUAUAUAUGUACAACAGGCAAUGGAAAUUGGAACAUUUGUGCUACAAAUCAGGAGAACUUAUCACGGAAACAGGUUACAUGGAUCAGAUAAUAGAAUAUCUUUACCCUUGUUUAAUUAUUACACCUUUGGACUGCUUCUGGGAAGGGGCAAAAUUACAGUCUGGGACAGCAUACCUCCUAGGUAAACCUCCUUUGCGGUGGACCAACUUUGACCCUUUGGAAUUCCUAGAAGAGUUAAAGAAAAUAAACUAUCAAGUGGACAGUUGGGAGGAAAUGCUGAAUAAGGCUGAAGUUGGCCAUGGGUAUAUGGACCGUCCCUGCCUCAAUCCAGCCGAUCCCGAUUGCCCCGCCACAGCCCCUAACAAAAAUUCAACCAGACCUCUUGAUAUGGCCCUUGUUUUGAAUGGUGGAUGUCAUGGAUUAUCCAAAAAGUAUAUGCACUGGCAGGAGGAGCUGAUUGUGGGUGGUACAGUCAAGAACAGCACUGGACAGCUUGUCAGCGCCCACGCCCUGCAGACCAUGUUCCAGUUAAUGACUCCCAAGCAAAUGUACGAGCACUUCAAGGGCUACGACUAUGUCUCGCACAUCAAUUGGAAUGAGAACAAAGCAGCAGCCAUCCUAGAAGCUUGGCAGAGGACAUACGUAGAGGUUGUUCAUCAAAGUGUUGCCCAGAACUCCACUCAAAAGGUGCUUUCCUUCACCACUACAACCUUGGACGACAUUCUAAAAUCCUUCUCUGAUGUCAGCGUCAUCCGAGUGGCCAGUGGCUACUUACUGAUGCUUGCCUAUGCCUGUUUAACCAUGCUGCGCUGGGACUGCUCCAAGUCCCAGGGUGCCGUGGGGCUGGCUGGCGUCCUGUUGGUUGCACUGUCAGUGGCUGCAGGAUUGGGCCUGUGCUCAUUGAUCGGGAUUUCCUUUAACGCUGCAACAACUCAGGUUUUGCCAUUUCUUGCUCUUGGUGUUGGUGUGGAUGAUGUUUUUCUCUUGGCACAUGCAUUUAGUGAAACAGGACAAAAUAAAAGGAUCCCAUUUGAGGACAGGACCGGGGAGUGCCUCAAGCGCACAGGAGCCAGUGUGGCCCUCACUUCCAUCAGCAAUGUCACUGCCUUCUUUAUGGCUGCGUUAAUCCCAAUCCCUGCUCUGCGAGCAUUCUCCCUCCAGGCUGCGGUGGUGGUGGUGUUUAAUUUUGCCAUGGUGCUGCUCAUUUUCCCUGCAAUUCUAAGUAUGGAUUUAUAUCGACGUGAGGACAGGAGAUUGGAUAUUUUCUGCUGCUUUACAAGCCCCUGUGUCAGCAGAGUGAUUCAGAUUGAACCUCAGGCCUACACGGAGCCUCACAGUAACACCCGCUACAGUCCCCCACCGCCCUACAGCAGCCACAGCUUCGCCCAUGAAACACACAUCACCAUGCAGUCCACUGUCCAGCUUCGCACAGAGUACGACCCUCACACGCAUGUGUACUAUACCACUGCCGAGCCGCGCUCUGAGAUAUCUGUACAGCCCGUCACUGUCACCCAGGACACCCUCAGCUGCCAGAGCCCUGAGAGUACCAGCUCCACCAGGGACCUGCUCUCCCAGUUCUCCGACUCCAGCCUCCACUGCCUUGAUCCCCCCUGCACCAAGUGGACUCUCUCAUCCUUUGCAGAGAAGCACUAUGCUCCAUUCCUCUUGAAACCAAAAGCCAAGGUGGUGGUGAUCCUGCUCUUCCUGGGCUUGCUAGGUGUCAGCCUUUAUGGGACCACUCGAGUGAGAGACGGGCUGGACCUGACAGACAUUGUCCCUCGGGAAACCAGAGAAUAUGACUUUAUUGCUGCACAGUUCAAAUACUUUUCUUUCUACAACAUGUAUAUAGUCACCCAGAAAGCAGACUAUCCUAAUAUCCAGCACUUACUUUACGACCUUCACAAGAGUUUCAGUAAUGUGAAGUAUGUCAUGUUGGAAGAAAACAAACAACUUCCUAAAAUGUGGCUGCACUAUUUCAGAGACUGGCUCCAAGGACUUCAGGAUGCAUUUGACAGUGACUGGGAAACUGGGAAAAUCAUGCCAAACAAUUACAAAAAUGGAUCAGAUGAUGGAGUCCUGGCCUACAAACUCCUGGUACAAACCGGCAGCCGAGAUAAGCCCAUCGAUAUCAGUCAGUUGACUAAACAGCGUCUGGUGGAUGCAGAUGGUAUCAUUAAUCCCAGUGCUUUCUACAUCUACCUGACGGCUUGGGUCAGCAAUGACCCUGUUGCUUACGCUGCCUCCCAGGCCAACAUCCGGCCCCACCGACCUGAAUGGGUCCACGACAAAGCUGACUAUAUGCCAGAAACAAGGUUAAGAAUCCCUGCAGCAGAACCAAUUGAAUAUGCUCAGUUCCCUUUCUACCUCAACGGCCUGCGAGACACUUCAGACUUUGUGGAAGCCAUUGAAAAAGUAAGAACCAUCUGCAACAACUACACAAGCCUGGGGCUCUCCAGCUACCCCAACGGCUACCCCUUCCUCUUCUGGGAGCAGUACAUCAGCCUGCGCCACUGGCUGCUGCUGGCCAUCAGUGUGGUGCUGGCCUGCACGUUCCUUGUGUGCGCCGUCUUCCUGCUGAACCCCUGGACGGCCGGAAUCAUUGUGAUGGUCCUGGCAUUGAUGACAGUUGAGCUCUUCGGCAUGAUGGGCCUCAUUGGAAUCAAGCUUAGCGCUGUGCCUGUGGUCAUCCUGAUCGCAUCUGUUGGCAUCGGAGUAGAAUUUACCGUUCAUGUGGCUUUGGCCUUUCUGACAGCCAUUGGUGACAAGAAUCGCAGGGCUGUGCUUGCCCUGGAACACAUGUUCGCCCCUGUCUUGGAUGGUGCCGUGUCCACUCUGCUUGGAGUACUGAUGCUUGCAGGGUCUGAGUUUGAUUUCAUUGUCAGGUAUUUCUUUGCUGUCCUGGCAAUCCUAACAAUCCUGGGUGUUCUCAAUGGACUGGUUUUGCUUCCUGUCCUUUUAUCUUUCUUUGGACCAUAUCCUGAGGUGUCUCCAGCCAAUGGCCUGAACCAGCUACCUACUCCUUCCCCUGAGCCGCCCCCUAGUGUUGUUCGGUUUGCGGUUCCCCCGGGUCACACAAACAAUGGGUCAGAUUCCUCUGACUCGGAGUACAGUUCUCAGACAACAGUGUCCGGCAUCAGUGAAGAGCUUCAACACUAUGAGGCACAGCAGGGCAUGGGGGGUCCUGCCCACCAAGUGAUCGUGGAAGCCACAGAAAACCCUGUCUUCGCCCGUUCCACUGUGGUCCAUCCUGAACCAAGGCAUCACCCACCCUCCUCAAACCCUCGACAGCAACCCCACCUGGACUCAGGGUCCCUACCCCCUGGGCGACAAGGCCAGCAGCCCCGCAGGGACACCUCCAGAGAAGGCUUGCGGCCACCCCCCUACAGACCACGCAGAGACGCUUUUGAAAUUUCUACUGAAGGGCAUUCUGGCCCUAGCAACAGGGACCGCUCGGGCCCCCGGGGAGCCCGUUCCCACAACCCUCGGAACCCAGCGUCCACUGCCAUGGGCAGCUCUGUGCCCAGCUACUGCCAGCCCAUCACCACUGUGACAGCUUCCGCUUCUGUCACUGUUGCUGUGCACCCCCCACCCAUUUCUGGACCAGGACGGAACCCCCGAGGGGGGCUCUGCCCGGGCUAUGAAGACUACCCUGAUACUGACCCUGGGCUGUUCGAGGACCCCCACGUGCCUUUUCACGUCCGAUGCGAGAGGAGGGACUCGAAGGUGGAAGUCAUAGAGCUGCAGGAUGUGGAGUGUGAGGACGGGCGCUGGGGAGGCAGCUCCAACUGAGGGUGAUUAAAAUCUGAAGCAAAGAGGCCAAAGAUUGGAACCCCCCCCCCCCCACCUCUGCCCCACCUCUUUCCAGAACUGCUUGAAGAGAGCUGCUUGGAGUUAGGGAGAAGGUGUGCUGCCCUGGAGAGCAGUUCAUUGUUACUGUAACCAAUUGUAUUAUUUUGUUAAAUAUUUCUAUAAAUAUUUAAGAGGUGUACACAUAUGUAAUAUACGAGGGAACAAUGUAAAAUAGAAUGACCUGGGGUUUCUCCACUCCUGCCCCAGAGUGGGGAGGUCACUGGGGGUUGGGUGGGGGACCGCACCCCUCCCUAUUUGUACAUUGAUCUCUGUGCCACAACCAAGCUUAACUUAGUCUUAAAUGUUCAGCAUAUGUUGCUGCUGCUUAAAUAUUGUAUAAUUUACCUGUAUAAUUCUAUGCAAAUAUUGCUUAUGUAAUAGGAUUAUUUUGUAAAGAUUUCUUUGUUUUAAAAUAUUUUAAAUUUGCAUAUCACAACCCUGUGGUAGUAUGAAAUGUUACUGUUAACUUUCAAACACGCUAUGCGUGAUAAUUGUUGUUGUUUAAUGAGCAGAUAUGAAGAAAGCACGUUAAUCCUGGUGGCUUCUCUAGGGGUAGUUGUUUGGUUAUGUGUGUGUGUGUAUGUGACCAUGUAUGGAUUUUCCAAUGUACUGUAUUGUGAUUUUUGUUUUAUCUUGUUUAUUUCUCUUUGUUCUCUGUAAUCUGUAGUGGCUUCUCAUCCCAUCAGGCCAGAAGAGUUGGAGUAUCUUUAUGGCUCUGUGCUGGUGGAGGGGUAUCUCUAAAUAUCCACCUUAUUCUCUGGAAAUGGUCCAGGAGAAGCCAGGUGCACCCUCACUUGUUGCCCUCCCAACACCCACAUUGUGCUUCAGAGAAAAUAGGUUUCUUCACAUAGAUUAUUAUGUUGGAUGUUGGAACCUCAGGGUGCAGAGCCAACUGUCUUCAUUGGAGGAAAAGAAUUAGGAACUAUGCCUAGUGGGGAGACCUAGCUAAGCUAUGGAAAUCAGUGUACUCCAGAAAAGUGUGUAGUAUUCUGCCUUGCAUGUGACUUAUGUGCGCAUGUGCACUUACACACACAGCAUCCCACCCCAUGACCCUAAUAGAGGUAGAAAAAUCCAUUCAUUCAGGGCUCAGUAAGCCAAGAGAGGACGUUUUGAGGUCCUACAAUUUAAAUUUCCUCUCAACUGAACAGCUAGUUGAGGAUUCCUAGGUCAGCUUGCUUCUAACAUGGCAGGUGAUACAGACUCAAGUUCUGAGAUUAUUUGCAGUGCAUUUAUGUUAGGUGCACAUUUUUAAAUGACUAAAAAUGUGGCUCUCCUCCCCUCUCCAUUAUCUUUCAGUGCAACUUUUUUUUUUUAAGAGAGUUAGGAUGCUAAUUACUUAUACUCCAGAAUGUAUAUGGAGUCAUCUCUUGCUCUGAAGUUUGAAACUCCUUCACCUCUAACCUUAGACUAGCACAUGUUAGGGAAGCAUUGUCCAGCUCCCUCUCCCAAUCAGCACCACCAACCUGUCUGGAAAGGACCCAGUGCUCGUGUGUGUGUGUGUGUGUGUGUGUGUGUGUGUGUGUGUGUGUGUGUGUGUGUGUG